AUGCUACACCGAAACAGAAAAAAAAGGAAUAAUGUGAGAGUUCCAUUGGUUAUACAAUUUCUAUCACUUCCUACACCACAUCAGAGUCUGGUUUCUCCUCUGCUAACCCAACCACUGGCACCUCCAAAUCCAAUUCCUGUUCCGAUAGCUGAUAAUAGCGAAGUGCCAUGGGAGUACAAUAAUGUUUACAUUCGUGGAAAGAAAGUUGUAUGUCCUUCGAUUGAGAAUAAGGACGUAACGAACAUUGCUAGGACUAGCAGAAUAACCCAAAGCGGAAAGGUCUUUGCUGCUACUCCGCCUCCUCCUGAAGAAGUUAUUGAAGAUAUUCCUGUGAAAGAUAAGUGGAAGCGGGUAGUCAGUGAUUCUUCUGGGGCAUCUUUUGAACAGCAAGUAGAACAACUAAUAGGGUGA